CACACACACACACACACACACACACACACAUUUAACACUGUCUUUUGUUGUAAUGUGCCACUCCUCUGCCGGGUCAACGGUUAAUGGGCAUCUUGUACUUCCAAAGUCAACAUGGUGAUGCAGCCCUGGGCUUGGUACCCUGCUCUGCCCCUCCCGUAUCACUUGUAUAAAACAAGGCCUCCAGCAGAGAUCAGUUCCUGACAAAACCCUCCCGAUUCUGUCUGCCCGUCCGUCUCACCUACUGCUGCCAUGUCGUUUGUUGCUCCUCCUGGCUAUCAGCCAAUCUACGGCCCUAGAAUUCCCUAUCUGGGGCCAAUUCAUGGAGGCCUGAGGGAAGGGGUGUCCAUUUACAUCCAGGGGUCCAUUCCUGAGAACAUUACCAGGUUCUUAGUCAACCUGCUCUGCGGAGAGUCUGAGUCCAGCGACAUCGCCCUCCACUUUAACCCUCGAUUUGACGGCCGGGACAAGGUGGUCUUUAACUCUUGUCAGGAGGGAUCCUGGGGUUCUGAGAACAAGAUCCGUGAUAUGCCCUUCAGGAAAGGCCAGGUCUUUGAAAUGGUCAUCCUGGUCAAUUCUCAGGGCUACCAGAUUAAAGUCAAUGGGAAUGACUUCUACACCUUCGAACAUCGUCUCCCUUUGAACAGGGUUUGCGCAUUGCAGAUCGCAGGAGAUGUUUCCAUCCAGACAAUUAACAUCAUAGGGGGUGGAAUGGGAGGUGGAAUGGGAGGUGGAAUGGGAGGUGGAAUGGGAGGUGGAAUGGGAGGAGGAAUGGGAGUAAGUAUACAGGGAGGAUAUCCAGGAGGUGGCAUGGGGGGAGGAUACCCAGGUGGCAUGGGAGGAGGAAUGGGAGGAGGAAUGGAAGGAGGAUAUCCAGGAGGUGGCAUGGGGGGUGGAUAUCCAGGAGGAAUGGGAGGUGGUAUGGGGGGAGGAUCAAGCCUGCCGGGCAUGGGCGGGCAGCCGGUCUACAAUCCUCCUGUGCCCUACUCCAACAUGAUCCCAGGAGGGAUGUACCCUAAGCGGACCAUCAUCAUCAGAGGCAUGGUGCCCUAUGGAGCAGAAAGAAUCGGCAUCAACUUUAAGGUGAGCAGAUCUCGGGACAUUGCCUUCCAUAUGAACCCCAGGGUGAGGGAUGGCAUCGUGGUGAGGAACAGCAUGAUUGGAGGUAACUGGGGCCAGGAGGACAGAGAGGCCAGCUUGAACCCCUUCAUGGAGGGACAGUACUUUGAUAUGUCGAUUCGCUGCGGGAACCAGAGGUUCAAGGUGUUUGUGAAUGGGCAGCACUUGUUCGACUUUGUCCACCGCCUACAGUCCUUUAAUGAGAUUGACAUGCUGGAGAUAGAAGGCGACGUGCAGAUCUCCUACAUCCACUUCUGAGACCACACACACCUUUUAGACACUAUAAAUUCUGUACAUUAUUCAUCUAUUUCAUGGGUUUUUCAGUGUUUAGAUGAUAUUUCAGAGGAUAUGUCAGCCACUGUGUUAUCUCAGGUUCUUAAUCUUCCUGCUGUGUGAUCAUAAAUCUUAAUUCGACAAAACGUUACCUCAUCGCCGGCUGUAUUGUUAAUAAACUUGUCACUUACACAUAUGCUAUGGAUGAGAUUAAUAUUGACUACACCAAAGCUCAGGAGGAGAGCUCAUUCACGAUGAACACAUUUAUUUCUUAUACAAAAUACUGCAGGUACUGUAUAAAACUUUGUUUACAAAUCAUGACAAUAUAAAGGCAAUUAUAGUACAGUCUUCUCCCAAUUCAACACAUCAGGAGAAUCACAAUCCACACACACAUUUACUGUAAUGCAAAAUACUGGCUCUCUGAAGGCACUGAAGGUAAAGAUUUAAGGCUGAACUGACUGUAAUCACAAAGAAGGAGAUUCAGUUUUUGCUGGAAUCCCCUCGGAGGAUCAGUUUUUCUUUUUGUCCAAAGACCAAAAUGUUUCAAACACACUAGUUGGUGUAACACACUGCUGGUGUAUCUAUCUGCUUUCAAAUUGGUAAAAUAUUUGUACAGACCAAAUUAGACGAGUGCCUCAGUCUCAGCACCACUUUCUGUAGUUCACAAACAAUGGAGGACUAUCACUCAAUGAGCAUACAGUACCAAAUGUAUAGCAAGAAAUGUACAUUUCAUCUUAACAAGGAAUUUCAGUAAUGCUACAGGUAUAAAGGAUAACUGUAUACUGUUUCAUAUAUAAGUACCUUUGAUG